AAUUUAGACUUAAAUUACAAUUUUAACCAUGUGCACAAAAUGGGGACACUGGGUUGGAUGUUCCAGAUAUUGCAGCCGGCAUUCUUAGGACAAAUUGAGCAACGUACUUCUACUUGUCAGGCAGUCUGGUACAUGUAGUCUGAGAUGUUUUCACAUUUAACGCUCUGUAAAUCGUCCCAUUUUUCUUUGUCUUCUGUUCCACCACCACUUCUAUCAUCCACCUGUCAUUUUUUUGUAAAUAUUCAAUAUCGAAUAUUUAACCAAUUUCCUUUUUUGUUUGACAGAGGCUACAUUUCAGAAGCGCUCCUGCUCUCGUCCAACCACUAUCCCACAUGUCAGACAGUACGUGGAUGGCUUAGUCAAGUUACCUGACAGCCUCCGCACUGUGUUUCACCAUAACUCCUACAUGAUAUCACGCUGUGUGGAUCCACUGAAGGAGAAAUUAAUGACUGGUGCGCUCCGAAUGUGUAAUGACGGCCAAUGGGAUGGACCAGUGCCGAGAUGUGAGUCUGCAGCGAUUAGCUUCGCCAUACCCUCCCUGUACACCAUGCUCCACCAGUUCCUUGCUAACGGAACCCUGCUCAUCUACCCACGUGUUGGUGAACUGACCAUCCAAUGCAUUGUCUCAGGAGGAAAAUCAUCACUGAGGGCCAGUCACUCAGAAGGAUUUACACCAAUAGAAAAUGGGAAAAGGUUUGGUAGACCAAUAGAAAGUCAUUCCGGGAUUUAUACAUGUUUGAAGGCAGGGAGUGAGGACUACCAUUUACUUUCUAUACAGGUAAGAGCUGUAUCCUGUGGAGAGCCACUGCCUCCAUUGAACGGUCGUCGUAUUGGCAAUGAGUUCCACCUGUCGCAGACAGUGUCAUUUGAAUGUAACGAGGGAUACAGCCUCCUUGGGGAGUCACAGAUUAAGUGCAAUGCUGGAGAAUGGCUAGGUGAAAUUCCGCGCUGCAAAGCUCGUGCGUGUCCUGAGAUCCACAUGGAAGAGCUCGACCCCAACCUGAGACUCAAGGUAGACGGAGGUACAUCUCAAGGCUCAGUGUUAGCAUUUUCUUGCAUAUUAGGAUUCUAUAGUGUCGGGGAAACGUUCCUGACGUGCCAGGGUGGACGCUGGUCCCAUCCCUUCCCCACUUGCCAAGCUAAUGAUGAAGAUGUGCUUGACACUGGCCCGUUACUAACGCCAGACACUUGCAAUUGCGAGGUCUGGCAGAGAUGUGUACCAAGCAGCUACGGCCAGUGGACGUGCAACUGCAUUAAUCCCCGGCAGUGUGAUGACACCACAAGCCAGCAGCAAUACUGUGGGAGUGACGGCCACACGUACGCCAGCAUCUGCAGACUGAAGGCCACUGCCUGUCUGCUGGACCUAGACAUUCAGGUCGCCAGCCAGGGACCUUGUCCAGAAAAGGAAGUGUUCACUCCUGGGCCGCACGACUGCAGAUGCGAGGUUUGGGAGAAGUGUGUGGUCGAGAGCGUUGGUCAGUGGACGUGCAAGUGCAUCCAUCCCCGGCAGUGUGAGGACGUUGCAGGCCAGCAGGAAUACUGCGGGAGUGACGGCCGGACAUAUGCCAGCAUCUGCAAAUUGAAGGCUACUGCCUGUAUACAAGAAAGAGACAUUGAGAUUGCUAGCAACGGAUCUUGCGCAGGAGAAAACCCAGAAGAACUUUCAUCGUACAUAGAGAGUUCCUAUGAGAAUUCGGAGUAUUCAGUGGUUACUGAAGAUAGUCAUGGCGCAAGCAACGCUACUGAGGACUCAGCAUCGGAGGACCACGUGGUUUAUUGCAGGGACUGUCCCAACCCGGACCUCAGGACUGUUUGUGAAAACUCAACACAUGCUUUUGCGGGCGUACCGACAAGGGUCCACUCAUCACCAUCGGGAAGCCUUGUCUACAGCUUGCGUGUGGAGAAUGGAAUUAAAGGACUCAAUCACUCAAAUGUCACUGUGUCAAUUCAAGGCACUUUCAAUGAAGUGAACCAAUGUCAUUGCCCCCGUAUUACCCUGCGGCACGAUGUUUACUUAUUUGUUUGGCGACAGGUAGACAGUACAGCAGAUUUCCAAAUCUCGGGUGGCUUUGUUGGGCUGUGGUCCGACAAUGAGGGAGGAUACCAUGAAAUGUGCUAAAGUUGUGUCCAGGGCAUUCACAUUUUCCUUGUAAAGGGAGAAUCGGCCUAAAUGUUUAAGUAUGUACAUGUAUAUUCAAAACAGAACACAGUAAGAUAUUUUAUAGAUAUAUGCAAUAUAUCUUUUUAAUACGACCCUUGAAAAUGCCUGUAUGCAUCCUAGUUAACCAUAUAUUCGUUGGCAGUGUCUUCAGAAAAAUUUGAGAGAGCUAGCCUUGUUCGUACCAAACAAAUUAGAAUGGUUGUACCAAAUAUAUUGAUACCAUAUUGUUAUGGAAUCAAGGGUGUGAAAAUUGAGGUUUUUGGCUGAUUUUUAGCUUUUUUGUUUUGUAGUUGACCCUGAAUUUAAACUUUUUUCUAUACCUGCCGUGUAUCAACGGAUGGGGACUUCUUACAUUUCAGCUUUUUGCUAGCUGUUUUCAGCUUUAAUUUCAGGUGGCCACUCGCACCCCUAAGGAAUACUCAGAAACCAAAUAUUUGGAGAUAAAAAUCACUGAAACAAAGAAGGAAACAUACUAUCAUUUGAUUACUAAUUUGAAUUCUAAGCAUAAAUCAAGGUGGUCGGAGUAAAGGUUGAGGUAGCUCGAUGCUUUUGACCAACAACAAGGCUAAACAAUUCCUUAAAGAUUUCUUUUUACUUUUUGCAGGAACAUUCCUUUUUGUUUCUGUUUUGUGGCCAUAAAUAUUCAAAUAUCAAUCUAAUGGAACAUCGGAUAUUUAAACAUCCAAUUCUUCGAAUUGACUUCUUCUUGAAAAAGUACAUGAAAAAUGAGAAGAAUUCCUGAGAAGAAUGGCUCAUAGUAAUCCCCUUUCCUACCCAAAAAUAUACACUGUAGUUUUACUGUGACACAAGUGACAAUUUUUGUCAGUGUGUAAGACUUUCGCUUCCCAAUGAAUGUGCCUCCAAGUAUCCAAAUGUGAAAUCUAACAUACAUCUGUAUCUUGCCGUCUGAGAAUUUGAAAGAGAAGACAAACUGUAUUACUGAAAGUUAGCAAUCCGUAACUGCCAUUAUUUUAAAUGAAGCAUCUGACAAUAGUAUCACAUAAUCAGAGUGGCCACAGCUUUUGUAACAGUUGCCAGGAAUUGCAUUAAAUGUUCUUUUGUUCACUUAACUAAGUGGCUCGUUGAUAACGUCAGUCAUUCAUUCUUUAUUGGGUUUGGAUUCCCGUUUAUCUCCAUUAUCCCGGGAAUACCAGCUAAAGUGUUGUUUUUUUCAAUGGGGAACCUGACUUGAAUAAAGGUAGUAACCGUUGACAA